GCAGCGGGGGCCGCGGAGCUGGAGCUGGAUCCCGAACCGGGGCCGGGGCGGGAGUCGGGGCCGGAGCCCGGCCAGGGCGGGCUCAAGCGCUAUGGGGUCGGCCGACUCUAAGCUGAAUUUCCGAAAGGCGGUGAUCCAGCUCACCACCAAGACGCAGCCUGUGGAAGCCACCGAUGAUGCCUUUUGGGACCAGUUCUGGGCAGACACGGCCACCUCAGUGCAGGAUGUCUUCGCGCUGGUACCAGCAGCAGAGAUCCGGGCCGUGCGGGAGGAGUCACCCUCCAAUCUGGCCACUCUAUGUUACAAGGCUGUGGAGAAGCUGGUGCAGGGAGCCGAGAGUGGCUGCCAUUCGGAGAAGGAGAAGCAGAUUGUCCUGAACUGCAGCCGGCUUCUCACCCGCGUGCUGCCCUACAUCUUUGAGGACCCUGACUGGAGGGGCUUCUUCUGGUCCACAGUGCCCGGGGCAGGGCGAGCAGGGGGAGAGGGUGAUGAUGAGAAUGCCCGGCCCCUCGCUGAGUCCCUGUUGCUGGCCGUUGCCGAUCUCCUCUUCUGUCCAGAUUUCACUGUCCAGAGCCACCGAAGGAGCACUGUGGACUCGGCGGAGGACGUCCACUCCCUGGACAGCUGUGAAUACAUCUGGGAGGCUGGCGUGGGCUUUGCUCACUCCCCCCAGCCCAACUACAUCCAUGACGUGAACCGGAUGGAGCUGUUGAAGCUGCUGCUGACGUGCUUCUCUGAGGCCAUGUACCUGCCCCCAGCUCCGGACGGUGGCGGCACCAACCCGUGGGUGCAGUUCUUCUGUUCCACAGAGAACAGACACGCCCUCCCCCUGUUUACCUCCCUCCUCAACACCGUGUGUGCCUAUGACCCUGUGGGCUACGGGAUCCCCUACAACCACCUGCUCUUCUCCGACUAUCGGGAGCCCCUGGUGGAGGAGGCUGCCCAGGUGCUCAUUGUCACCUUGGACCAUGACAGUGCCACCAGCACCAGCCCCACGGUGGACGGCACCACCACAGGCACUGCCAUGGAUGACACGGACCCUCCAGGACCCGAGAACCUGUUUGUGAACUACCUGUCCCGCAUCCAUCGUGAGGAGGACUUCCAGUUCAUCCUCAAGGGCAUAGCCCGGCUGCUCUCCAACCCCCUGCUCCAGACCUACCUGCCCAACUCCACCAAGAAGAUCCAGUUCCACCAGGAGCUGCUGGUCCUCUUCUGGAAGCUCUGUGACUUCAAUAAGAAAUUCCUCUUCUUUGUGCUCAAGAGCAGCGAUGUGCUGGACAUCCUGGUCCCCAUCCUUUACUUCCUCAAUGAUGCCCGAGCGGAUCAUUCUCGGGUGGGCCUGAUGCACAUUGGAGUCUUCAUCCUGUUGCUUCUGAGCGGGGAGCGGAACUUUGGGGUGCGGCUGAACAAGCCCUACUCGGUGCGCGUGCCCAUGGACAUCCCGGUCUUUACCGGUACCCACGCAGACCUGCUCAUUGUGGUAUUCCACAAGAUCAUCACCAGCGGUCACCAGCGGCUGCAGCCCCUCUUCGAUUGCCUGCUCACCAUCGUGGUCAACGUGUCCCCCUACCUCAAGAGCUUAUCCAUGGUGGCUGCCAAUAAGCUGCUGCACCUGCUGGAGGCCUUCUCCACCACCUGGUUCCUCUUCUCUGCUGCCCAGAACCACCACCUGGUCUUCUUCCUCCUGGAGGCCUUCAACAACAUCAUCCAGUACCAGUUCGAUGGCAACUCCAACCUGGUCUACGCCAUCAUCCGAAAACGCAGCGUCUUCCACCAGCUGGCCAACCUGCCCACCGACCCCCCUGCUAUCCACAAGGCCUUGCAAAGGCGUCGGCGGGCACCUGAGCCCUUGUCCCGAACUGGCUCACAGGAGGGCGCCUCUAUGGAGGGCUCCCACCCUGCUGCCCCCGCUGAGCCUGGCACUCUCAAGACCAGCCUGGUGGCCACCCCAGGCAUUGACAAGCUGACAGAGAAGUCCCAGGUGUCAGAGGAUGGCACCUUGCGAUCCCUGGAGCCCACGUCCCAGCAGAGCUCAGCAGAUAGCAGCCCGGCCACGGAGGAGCCCGACCAGGCGUGGCGGGAGCAGCGGCGACUGUCCAGCGUGUCAGCCAGUGGGCAGUGGAACCCAACAUCGGAAUGGGUUCUCUCUUGGAAGUCAAAGCUGCCGCUGCAGACCAUCAUGAGGCUGCUCCAAGUGCUGGUUCCCCAGGUGGAAAAGAUCUGCAUUGACAAGGGCCUGACAGAUGAGUCAGAGAUCCUGAGGUUCCUGCAGCAUGGCACCCUGGUGGGACUGCUCCCUGUGCCCCACCCCAUCCUGAUCCGCAAGUACCAGGCCAACUCGGGCACGGCGAUGUGGUUCCGCACCUACAUGUGGGGGGUCAUCUAUCUGAGGUGGGUCUGGUGUUCCCCUGAGGGCCUGCCCAGGGGGGCCUCAGCUCUGGGUCCCACCGUGGUAGUGGGGUUCAUGUCAACAUAGUCAACCAGGAUGGUCUUGUCUAGAGGGUAGACACCCACUGCUUGGGGUGGGACAUCAGGGUGGAAGGGGUUUGGGUUGGAUGACCUUCUAGCUCCUCCCCAGUCUUUUCUGCAAGGUCUCCCAGCACUCCCGUGACAGCCCACUCCCUCCACAGGAAUGUGGACCCACCUGUCUGGUACGACACAGAUGUGAAGCUGUUUGAGAUCCAGCGGGUGUGAGGAUGGAAGCCUACUGGGGGAUGGGACCGGGAAGGGUGGGGUCCUGGUCCCCCGAUGCUCCCCUGACCCACUGUUCCAGGCUUUAAAUUACCACAACCAACCGGGGCUGGCAGAGGGGCUGAGUCCUGGGUGGCGGGCCCUAAAGGCCCCUGGUGGCUGGGAUGAUGGGGACAGGUACUGAUCACCCCCGCGAGGGCUGGACUCACAGGAGCCUCCCAUCUCCAGCACUGCAGGCCCUGGCCAGAGCCCCCACCUCACUCUGGCUCUCCCUCAAGACCCAUUUCUCUGCUGCCUAUCAUCCCCAGAGGCCACCAGGUCACUGAGCCCUCAUGCCUUGCCCAACAAGGGAGCUGUGGGCUGUCCCUUGAGGCACCUGGGCA